UAAUUAUUAUAUUUUCAAAAUUGCAAUUCCACCUGUACUUCCCAUUCCUUUAUUUACACGUGGCGCAUUUCUUUCCCGCCCUCUUUGCUCACCUCUAAAUUCACACACCCACAACGCGUUUCUCCUCUCUCCUAGAAUCUCUCUCCCUCUCUAAAACGUCUCUCUACUUGCACAUACAUUUCACAUACAUAUAAUCUCUCCCUCUAAUUUGAACAACCAAGAUAAUAAAUUUCGACAAUCUCAUGAUUUUUUAGUGACCCGCAUUCAUUUUUUAAAGGUUCUUGAUUUUAAUUGGGAGAGAUUUGCAUGUGGAAUUUGAAUUUGAUGCUGUGGGAUGGUUUUCUUGGUUUUGAAACUCGAAAAGAUUGGAACUUUAGGGGUGUGCAUAUAACCUGUUUGUAGAAAUGCCUGUGAAUGAUGGUAAUACAAUGAGAGGGUACCCACCUGGGGUUUUAGUUAUAAGAAAUUAUAGGGGGAAAGAUUGGAGCAUCAAGACGUAUCGAUACGUGGUGUUGUUAGUGACGUUUGUGGCGUAUACUGCUUAUCAUGCUUCGAGGAAGCCUAGUAGUAUUGUUAAGAGUGUGUUGGAUCCUGAUCCUAUGUGUGAAAUGACUGCAUUGUAUCCGUGGCCUGUAGGGGAGAUUUUUAGUAAGAGGGGUUCGUUGGGGGAAGGGUUGAACGUGUAUAAAGAUAAGGGGUGGGCUCCGUUUGAUGGGAAACAAGGAACUUCGAAGUUGGGGGAGAUUGAUGUGGCGUUUCUUGCGUGUUAUUCGAUGGGUAUGUAUGUGGCGGGGCAUUUAGGGGAUACGUUGGAUUUAAGGUUGUUUUUGACAGCGGGAAUGAUUGGUAGUGGGGUUUUUGUUGGGCUUUUCGGGAUGGGCUAUUUUUGGAAUAUUCACGUGUUUUGGUUUUUUCUUGUUAUGCAAAUGAUUGCGGGGUUAUUUCAGGCUACGGGGUGGCCUUCGGUUGUUGCUGUUAUUGGUAACUGGUUUGGUAAAACGAGAAGAGGACUGAUAAUGGGUGUUUGGAAUGCCCAUACCUCGGUUGGAAAUAUUAGUGGUUCUCUGCUAGCUGCAGGUGUUUUGGAGUAUGGUUGGGGUUGGUCUUUCAUCGCGCCUGGCGUUUUUAUCUUUGUUGGUGGUAUAAUUGUGUAUUUGUUUUUGCCUGCUUAUCCCGAAGAUGUUGGUUUCCCAUUCCUGAAUGGUUCAGUUGAAAAUGACAUAAGGAUUUCUUCUGAUGAAGAAGCUUUGAUACAGAAUGCGGCAACAGGGACCAAAGAAGCGAAUAGCAUUCCACGCUCUGGUUCAGUAGGUAGGAGCAGUGUUCACCUUAUUGAAGCUUGUGCAAUACCUGGAGUUAUACCAUUUGCAUUAUGCUUAUUCUUCUCAAAGUUGGUGGCCUACACAUUUCUCUAUUGGCUACCAUUUUAUUUAAGUCAGACAGCUAUUGGUGGUGAGUAUAUGUCAGUGAGAUCUGCUGGAAAUCUUUCUACAUUGUUUGAUGUAGGAGGGAUUGUUGGUGGGAUUCUAGCUGGUUACAUAUCUGAUAAAUUGAAGGCACGGGCCACAACAGCAGCCACCUUUAUGUAUGCAGCCAUUCCUGCAAUGAUACUGUACCGCAAAUAUGGGAACAUCUCUCAGACGAUAAACAUUGUGCUCAUGAUAAUUGCGGGUUUAUUUGUGAAUGGGCCAUAUGCACUUAUAACAACUGCAGUCUCUGCAGAUCUUGGUACACAUAGCUCUGUUAUGGGUAAUUCUCGAGCUCUGGCAACAGUGACAGCAAUCAUCGACGGUACGGGAUCACUUGGUGCUGCUUUAGGUCCACUUCUUACGGGGUUUCUGUCAACGAAAGGAUGGAAUUUUGUUUUUGGGAUGUUGAGUCUGGGUGCUCUUAUUGCGGGUCUACUCUUAUCUCGUUUGGUCAUAGCUGAAUAUGCAGAAAGAAAAAACAAGCCUGCGGUUUUCGGGCAACAUAGUCCUGGAGCUGAUGUAAAUCAACCGCUUCUAGGUGAGCAGAAGUGAUUAUGUAUGAUAUGGCCUAUUACAGCCAAACAACUUUUUGCGUAUGCGAGGUGCUACAUAGUUACAUACAGACUAUGGUAAUGAGAUUUUUUAUUCUUUCUAAGACACGCAUGCUUAGUGAUGUUUAUCGGGUUGGAGCACGCGUCCACAUUGUUAUCUUGUUAUGAAAUAUGUGUAUAUUAUUUAUUUGAUAUGGGACAUAUAGAGUUUAUUCUGCUCAAUCACAUGUUUAAUUUCGACAGUAUUUGCACAUUUAAAUUGUCCAAGAAUCGAUGCUUAACAAUCCACUUAAUUAGAUCUGAUGAUAUUCAAAUAGCUCACAAGGUGAAGUGUAAGUAUGAGCAGUUGGUGAUUCUAAACUACCAAUUACUUUGCUAAUAAUCCUCUAAAUUAUUCAUAUAUAUUCAUUCACCAAGUAAAAGAGGUCUAUGGUCACUUGGAAACAUUGACAAAUGCUUCUUUCCUCAAUUAGCUGUCAUUAUAUCAACCAAGUAAAUGUCUAGAGUAGUAGCGACUAUAGUAGCAUUACAAGCAUAGGCAUGGAGCAAACGAGGUACAUGAAUGUACAGGACCUCUGUUUUACUUUAGUAUCCUGUUGUCCUGUCAUUCUGUCUUUGUUGUAGAAAAAUAAAAAGGUGAGGAUAAUGUGUCUAGAAAAUAUAACCGUAAAAUGAUAAAUUAUUUACAUAUAUAAUUAUCAUUAUAAAGCUCCCGAAUCUUAUUAAGGACCCUGAUUGGUACCAGUUAAUUUUCGUAGCACAUGGAGAGGAGAAACAUUACCAUCACCCAUUAGAGAGAGAUAGAGAGAGAUGAUAUCCUCCUUAUUCCCUUCGUAGUUCUAGAGGUCUAUAUGUAUUGCCAGUUGGCAGUCUUUCUCAUGUGGUGCUGUUGCCAGUUAUAUCUUCUGUUUUCUAACGGAAAAAAUGGUACACUCAUUAUUGAAUAUCUUUUAUUCAUUCAGCAUUUCACUUUUAUAUCAAGAACUUAUUCAUGUGACACAUCAUGCUUUUAUGCAUGUAAAUUCCAUGCUAUCUAAUAUCUAUCAGUGACUCUGUAGGCCAGUGACUGGUAAUUCUUCUUGUAUUUAAAUAGAUAAGAUCAGUUAUCAGACUGUUUAGCAAACAUAAUAUCAUACUGUAAUGACAUUGUAUAACUUUAAUGUUGCUUAAAGCCUUCCACUCUAUUCCAUUCUAUUCCACUCAUUCUCAACGAAGACAACCUGAUGAUAAUUCUCCAAACUACCCUCUUCCAGCCAUUAUAUAAACAAAUUGAAAUCAGACUCGAAGCAUUCUUACGACCCAGCUACAUAUAUUCCUCACAUCCUCCUCUCAUUCCUUCAUCUUAUCUUCACACUCUUAGAGUCUGAGAGAGUCAUGGCCUUUUCACAUGCCAUGCUCAUGCUAACCUUCUCACUUACGUUCGUUGUCUUAUCCUCUGGUCAAGCUCCGGCAAUGUCACCCUCCACCACCAUGCCACCUAUGAUGAUGACACCACCUCCAAUGGUGACUCCACCUCCUAUGAUGAUGACACCACCUCCAAUGAUGAUGACACCUCCUCCAAUGAUGAUGCCAGCACCAAUAGCUAGUCCACCUGAGAUGAUGACACCACCUCCAGUGAUGAUGACACCUCCUCCGAUGAUGAUGCCAGCACCAAUGGCUACUCCACCUGAGAUGAUGAUGACUCCAGCCAUGAGUCCUGAUUCGAUGAGUUCACCACCAGCACCAAUGGGACCUGCAAUGGCUCCGACCCCAACCAUGACGGGUAUGUCACCCGUGGAGUCUACCCCAGGGUCAGCAGCUUUCAAGCAGGGAAGUAGCCUAGCCAUGCUAGCAUUAUUGGGAGGAGCUGUACUUCUGGUUUAAAACUUUUGUGUAUUAUAUUGUGUCUCUUUUGUUUUGGUCCUCGUGGAGUUUUAAUCUUUGUGUUUUAUCUUGGAGGUCAGUAUGUGGUCUGUUGAAGAUUUAUUUAAUGUUACAACUCUCUUGUAGCAUUUUAAACUAGGUCAAUAAGAAUACUGUUAUUCAGUUUAAUCUCGUAAUUGUUACUGAGUCAGGAAUUACACAGUUAUGUAAAGUCUAUAUAUUUUUGCUUUAGAGGUAUUGUUUUCAGCUA